AACGCAGUUAAAAAGUCUCGAGCUGCAAAUCCCUCUAAGCGAAGAGGCGGUAACCGCCUUGGCGGCUGGCAUUUCUGGUGCGACUUUUUUGUCUAAGCUGAGCCUACGUGGGUGUAGUAUGAGUGCGGAGAGCCUCCGUAUUAUUGGCAACGCCCUUGCCGGUAACAGCACACUCAUGUCUUUAGACUUAUCGCACCAAAGUCACGAGGUGGCGCAUCCACUGUGUGGUAGUCACUGGAGGAGUCGGCUGUCCACCGGCCGUACGAGCUCAAUUGGCCUCCUCUCGCGCCGUCCACUUCUGCCUGUUUUUGAGGCGUUGCACCGUAACAGAACGUUGCAGGAGUUGAUUGUGUUGGGCAUUGACAUAUUCAACAGUGAUGUGGAGGAGUUGUGUGCCUGCGUGGAGCGCAGUGGAAACCAUGUUAUCUGUCAUGUGCGGCAUACCGGAUUGAAUUCAGAGCCGCUUGCCAUCAAGUUGGAAAGUCUUUUGUCGCAAAACCGCAGCAAGUGCCGCGGUGAUUUGUUUGCAAGAACAGCCGUUGUGAAACACAGCGACCCAAUCCAACUACCGCCCUCGGGGAAAGACAAAGAUGCACGACCUAAGCCGCAGGCCCAAAUGGAGAACAAAAUCAAAGAGUGUACAGAACCAAUGAGUAACUGUCAAACGCCAGCAACCCCCGCUGUUUUGGGUAAAGUGAAAACGCCUGGAAAAGGUAAAAACAACGAAAAAAACGACGGCGAGCAAGAUGGCUGUGUUUUUGCUCGGGUUGUCACCACAGCCGUUUCCGUCUCAAGUGAUUCUAUUGACGCCAGCCCCACUCUUGCCACUCCGCCACCGAUUUUUUAUUCCCCGUGUGAGAGUUGUCCGUUGCAAUGCGUUGCAAGUUUAUGA